GGAACAUACUGAACACGUCAUCGAAAAUGGCUUAUACAUUAGUAGUGAAGUUAGCCAAGGGAAAAAGAUUUCUGUAACUGGCGAUAAAAUGAAUGAAUAAAAAAUAAUGACAGUUGUGUGACAUAUUUGUCAAAUAAAAAACAAAAUUAAUUUUAUUUGCUGCUAUAGAUAAUGUAAUAUACAAUCGUCGACAGUACAGGGAAAUUAUUCUGUGAUUGUGACAUUGCUAGUGUAAAUCGUUUAUUGAAAAUGCUAAGUGUAGGACUAAUUUUUAUAAUUUUUUAGAAUUAAUUUUGAACUGUUAUUUAUUAAUGUACAUAAUACUGGAGAAAUCUAGGAUUUUGAUGUAAUAGAACUUGGUAAAUAGGGUUAGCAGUUGUUUUUCCAAUUCGGUGAAAUGGCAACGUCUUGCGAUACAAAAAAAAGUCCUCAAUUAAAUAAAAUUAAAUUAAAAGUAGUGAAUAGUACGGUUACUGCAAGUGAUUCUGAUGCUAGUGUCGAAACUAACAGUUUGAGCGCUGAAAGUGCUACUGAACAAAAUCAAACCUUACAAAAUGAGAAGAAGAAAAAGAAAACAAGACGUGGUUCAGAAUGGGAGAUAAUGGAAGGACUCAAAGAUGGACAGAGAUUUGAAAAUAGACCCAAUCCAUUUAAUGGUUAUCUGCAUAAGAAAAGGAAGUGGCCUCUUAAAGGAUGGCAUAAGCGUUACUUUAUGAUAGAUAAAGGCAUCUUGGUAUAUGGGAAGGGUCCCAACGAAAUAAACAAAGGUAAAAUUCAUGGUACUCUCGACAUAGGCUUGUCUGUGAUAUCAACCAAACAAAAAAGAAGACGUAUAGAUAUUGAUGCCGAAGAAUUUAUCUACCAUUUGAAAACGAAAAGUGAUGAGACUUUUACAAGUUGGGUUCAACAAUUAACCGCACAUAGGCUUUAUAGGCAGCAUAUUUUGACUUACGGCACUAACGUUGGCGCAUUAUUUAAGCCAGUUGAUGUUCUUAAUACAAUUUCAAGAACUCCGGAAAUUUUAAGUCGAGAUGGAAGUUUAACGAGGGGUUUGAAACCGCCAAAUGGGAGUAGACUGAAUGUUGUGAUUCAAGAGUCUCUAAACAAUCUGGAUCAAGCUCAACGUGACGCUAGCAACAUAGAACAGAAUAUUUCAAAGUUGAGCAGACUGUUACAACAAAUCGAAAGCAGUAAUCCUAUUGUGAUUGAGGUAAAUAAUGCAACUGAAACUGUUUCUCCCAAUGUCAAAAAAGACAGAAGGAAGUUUGGAUUAAAGAAGAAGAAAUCAGCUUCCUCCAAAGGAGGUAGUGUAGAUUUAACUAUCCAAUUAAGUGGCGCUAAAUCUGGUACCGGCACUGAUAAUGAUAAUAUUUCUCCACUUUCGGUAAAUUCUUUUUCUGGUUUAUCAACUUCCACCCCUGCCAACUUUACUACUUUACCUAUUCCAAUAAAUACCGGAGCACCUACUCCCACACCUGACAGUUUGAGCAAUGUAGACGCCAUAUCUCUUUCAGCGGAAAAUCAAAUGAGGGAGGAUUUCAUUACACUAUCUAAACAAGUUAUAGCUAGUUUAAAAACGUUAACGUUCAGUCUAAGUACGGAGAGGGAACGUUUAAGAUCGGCCUUAGAGACAGAAAUGCAAGUUCCUUCGAAUGCAACAAAUCAAAGCAUAGUUACAUUGAAAAAUAGUCUGAAUCAGGUGCUACAACAGAAUACGGAUCUUAGAAGUAGAUUAGUUAAAAUUCACGAAGCCUCCGACUUAGCCGAUUUAUCUAGUGUCGAAAAUCUAUUAGAAAAUCAAGCGAAUCAUCGCAACUAUACGGCCUCCUUAAGCUACAGCUCCUCUUGUGUGAGUGCUACCGAGUUCUUUGAUGCAGAAGAACUGCCUCCUGAUCCGUCCAAAUAUCCUCCCGGAGAUGAGGCUGAAGUGAGGACAAGAUCAGAAACUAGUUCAGAAGGAGGGUCUUUGAGUAGCGAAGGUGAAGGUAGUAUAAGUUCGGAGGAGUCCGAACUCGGAGGAGAAUUGGAUACUGAAAAUUCUGUUGACGUUAGGGAAUCUCAAGGCUUAACUGGUCGUCGAACCAACUUGCCUGCCCCUCGCCCCCCAACGGAAGGUUUAUCACUUUGGAAUUUAUUGAGUCGAAAUAUUGGCAAAGACUUAUCACAGAUCAGCAUGCCGGUUGCUCUCAACGAACCCCUCAAUGUUUUACAGAGACUCUGUGAGGAAUUGGAGUAUUCUGAGUUAUUAGAUCGUGCUGCUAGCAUAGACGAUCCUUAUGAACGAAUGGUGGAAAUAGCCGCUUUUGCCGUGUCCAGUUAUGCCAGUACCUUCAGUAGGGCCGGAAAUAAGCCGUUCAAUCCUUUGCUAGGUGAGACAUACGAAUGCAUCAGGGAAGAUAAAGGAUUCCGUUUUAUUUCCGAGCAAGUUUCGCAUCAUCCUCCUGUCAGUGCAUGUCAUGCAGAAAGUACCAGUUUCACAUUUUGGCAGGAUGCUAGAGUAAAGACGAAAUUUUGGGGGAAAAGCAUGGAAUUUCAACCGUUGGGUACUGUAAACGUUUUAUUACCAAAAACUGGUGAUCUUUACACUUGGAACAAAGUAACAACGUGUGUACAUAAUUUGUUUAGUAAUCAACGGUGGGUAGAUCAAUACGGAGAACUAAGAAUUACCAAUGGCAGGAUUACAUGUAAAUUGACGUUUAAUAAAGCUAGUUAUUGGUCUGCAAAAAGACACGAGAUUGUAGGGGCAGUAUACGAUGAAUCAGGCCAACCGGUUCACAAACUGUUUGGAAAAUGGUCAGAAUCUUUAUAUUGCGGUGUUGCUCCAUCAGCUAGAUGUAUUUGGCGUGCUGGUAAUUUACCUCCUAAUCACGAACAUUACUACGGUUUUACAAGAUUUGCCAUAGAGUUAAACGAAUUGGGUCCUGAUUCUAAUUUAUUACCACCUACUGAUACUCGUUUUAGGCCGGAUCAGCGAGCUCUCGAAGAAGGCGACCUUAUCACGGCCGAAAACCUUAAAUUGCAGUUAGAAAGUAUGCAAAGGGAAAGGAGGAAACGUAGGGAAGAAUUAAACAUAAAGUAUGAACCUCGAUGGUUCUCUAAUUCAAAGGAUGAUACCUGGCAGUACAACGGAAAAUAUUGGGACAUACGUAAAAAUCAGGGUUUCGUGAAUUUACAAUUUGAAUCACUGUGGUGACCUGUGAUUCGUUUUUUUAGUCUAUUUAAGGAUUGUUUUCAAUGAAUUACUAUUUUCUUCCGGUUAUAGGAUCAACGGUUUAUUUUAUUCAUUCCCAUUGUACUAUUUAUAAGAAUUGUGUUUAGAAGCUGGUUAACUAUUAAUAUAUUAUUAAAAAAGAUAGACAAUGAGAGAAUUAGGUGUAAUUGAUUAAAAAAUUGGUCCAUUUUUCGUAAUAUUAUACAUUGAGUCCACUGAGAUAUGUUUUUAGAAACUGUUUUGUUGAAAUAGUUGUAUUUAGAUAAAAAUCCUAUAAAAAACUUGGUUUAAGAUGGUUGAGAAUUUUAAUUUUUCUGUUUUUAUUUUAUAUAGUUGUUAUAUGGAACAUUUUUGUAAUAGAAAAUGUUGGAUGUGUCUUUGUUUUUCAAUACAGUAAGACCCCGCUUAACGCGUAGGAUACGUUCCAUAAAUGUAGAGUGUAAUGCGAAACAGUGCUAAUGAGGUAAUCUUAACAUGUAAAUAAUGGGGUUAGAGGAAGAUUGAUAGAAAAUUGCUUAUGUAUUGAAUUUAAAUAAAACCAAAUAUUUAUCAUACAAAAAUAAAAACAAUAUACUUAUAAAAACGGAUAAAAUUCUAAGUAAUACAGAUUAUUUAGCUUAUUCUGUGUUUCUAAUUUUGUGCCUUAUUAUUGAAAAGGCAUUUAAUGUAGUUUCCGGUUGCAUUUUGCGUUCUGUUAGAAGUUGUUGAUAAAGCAUUUAUAAAACCCCAUUUUGUUUUUGAAUUGGUCUAUAAUUUCGGUUAUAGUGGUCAAACUCCUUUUUAUAAAUGCUAUCGAAAGUUCUUUAUGCUUUUUUUCGAAAUCACUAUUACCUGCUUAAAUGUUCGCCGCAAGUAAUAAUCCUUAAAAUUGGAUAUAACGCCUUGGUCCACUGGAUGAAUUAGGGCAAUUAUUUUAGGCGUCAAUAAAAUCAUUUCGACCGGUAUGUAUGUUGUUAAGUCUGAUAAAUUUGUUGGGUGGACUUGGAGCAUUAUCAAUUAAUAGUAGUGCUCUUUGUUCAUGUUUUUUUAAUUUCAUGAUAACGUUUAACAGACGAACAGAAUGUUCAGUGAUAUAAUCCAGGAACAUUUCCGCAUUUAUCCAUUUUCAUAGUUAUUAGAAUAUCAGAGGUAAAGAUGAUUUAGAUAUGCCUUUCAUCUCUCUUGGGUUUUUGGAAUGAUAAACUAAUAGUGGUUUUAAUUUUAAAUCUCCUCUCGCGUUACCACACAGUAGAAGUGUUAAGCGAUCUUUUGCAGAAUUAAAUCCUAGUGCUCGUUUCUCUUCACGGGAUAGAAAUGCGUCCGUACAGCAACGCACCAAAAACGAAAUACAACUACAUAUUUGGAAACCUAGCACUGCACAUAAUUUCGGGGAAUCCCCGAGUUGAAAUAAAACAGCGCUAAAAGACAAAGCGUUAAGUGGGAUCUUACUGUAUGACAUUUGUUAUGUUUAUGGAAUAAAUAUAGUUUUAUUGAUUGAUUUAAUGUUAGUAAUUUUAAAAGGUGUUGCAGAAUUUGGCAGAAAAAUUCUUAAAAUGCAGAUUAUCACUAUCCUGAUCAAAGAUCUUCUCAUCACUUCACUUUCAUGUGCCUUUUCAAGCAUUGAAUUCUUUAAUAAUUGGGAGUUUCUGAAAUUGUACACACUGUUUCACUACACCAUACCUACACUGCCAAGCUCUUUGAGUUUGAAAUGAACCAGUGACCUAUGGACAUUUUUAAGGACCAGACAUCAUUGUGAAUGAUGGUGUAAUGGUACUAAGCGAUGUUUAACCACAUUUUGGCAUUUUAAUAGAGUAAAGACAAAAUUUAGGAAGGAAAGUAUAAAAUUUCAACUAUUGUGCACUGUAAACUUUUUAUUAGAAAAAACUGGUUUGUUCAGUUAUCAAUGGGAUGUAGAUCUAUAUGAAAAACUACAAAUAACCAUUGGUAGAUUUACCUGUAAAUUGACGUUUAAUAAAGCUAACUAUUGCGAAAACACACAAGGCAUGACUCUUAAGUUGCUCAAAAUUUUUUGAAUAAAUUUUCGAAUGAGGGAUCAACGAUGGGUAGGUCAAUACGGAGAACUACGAAUUACCAAUGGCAGGAUUACUUGUGAAUUAACGUUUAAUAAAACUAGUUAUUAGUCUGCAAAAAGACACGAGGUACGUUUCUUGAAUUACUCAAAAUUUAAAAGAUUUUAUGUAGAAAUUGUUUUGACAAACUUGAUUUCGAAAUUCUUCAAUAAUCUCAGCAUGUUUAAUAAAGCUAAUUAUUGAGGUCUCAAGGUACUUUUCUUAAGUUGCUUAAUAUUUUUUGUAGAAAUUCUCGAAUCAGUGGCCUAUGGUAGGUUCUAAGAACCAAACGGUGUAAUUGUGAAUUGAAUAUAAUUGAGCAUUGGAUUAAUCUAAGCACAUUUUUUCUCAUUUUUAACAAAUUUUUUUAUAUUUUUCAAUGGUCUACCUUUUCUUCUCAAAUGAAUCUCAAGUGCUGUUCUGUUUUGGUUUAUAUACUUUCUACAUAUCGUCGACUCAAGUCGCAAACCUUGUAACUACAUAGAACUUAAUUUCAUAAUAGACACAAAAAACUUAGAAUGACAGAAAUGACAUGAAGAUAUAAACUGUUCAUAGAUUUUUUUGAGUCUUUACGAAUGUUUCUGUUAGAUGCGUUCAGAUUUAAUGGUAUCAAAAUGUUUAUAAAGAAAAAUAAAACGGAGUUACGUGGUUUGCGACUUAAAUCAGUUCCAUUGACAUAUCUCAUUAUUUUUAUUUGACUAUAAGUGUAAUUUUUUGUUUAUAUAGCUUAUUUAUUUAUCACAAGCACAUUUAAAACAAAGAUUUUUGAUAGAAGUGAUAGUUUGUCCUGCCAAAAACCAUUUGAUAAUCUGAAAUAUUAUAGAAUAGCUACAACUGUACUAAAAACAUGGUCUGACCCAACAAUAAUUCAAGUAUUUCAAAAUUGAUGAAAGUUUUAACGUGCAUAAAUAAGAUAUUUUCAAGUGUCCGCACCCCGUUUUAAGUAUAGUUGCAGCUGUGAUAUAAAAUUUCACAUUUUCAAUUUGAUUGUUCUAAGAAAAUAUUGAAGGUUUCUGUAAGUUUAAAAAAAUAUCUUUCGCUAUUUAAUCGUCAUAAUUUUUUUUUAUUCAUUUUAUCUAAUUUGUAACGAGUUUGUCGCAUACUUUUAUUCAUCUGAAACACCUUAUCAUAUACAACUAUACAACUAUGAUGAAAUUUCAGUAUAUUUUCAUUUUUUGCUAUUAGAUUGGCAAAAGUUUUUCAAAUUUGAUAGAUGAUAGUUAUUCAAAAAUAUUGUAAAUGUCCUCUAACCUAGUUAUUGUAGAGGGUGUUGAAUGUGCAAUAUGAGAAACCAGUGAGAUAUUGAUUAAGGCUUAUUUUUAAACGAAUAAUGCUUUUUUGGUAUUGCUACUUAAGAAUCAUAUUUAGAAACACUUUUCAAGCGUUUUUGUAAAAAUAUAGAAACAAAUUACUCAAAAGUCUCACAAAAACUUUGAUUUUUAAGAAUUAUUUCAAGAUUUUUUUUCAAAUAUAUUUAUAAAUAUUGUAUUUAUUAAAUUUUAUUAGCAAUAAUUGUAUAAUAAAUGCCUGUGAACUAGCUUUAGAGAUGUUCAAGCAAAAUGCUAUUGUUUUUAGGUAUAUGUACCACAAGAAAUCAAUUAUAGAGUAAAAAAAUGCAUAUUUAAAAAAUUGUUAUAAUAAAAAUCAAUUUUUCUUUCUAGUCAUUAAAGUUAAUCUGUUAAAUUUUAUAAAGUGUUAUUUAUAUUGUGGUUGAAGCGUUCAGGAAUACCGUGUACUUCCAAAUACUCUUAAUGCAAUACAAUAUGUGUGAUACUGAUCCUAAUAGCGUUGAUUCUGAAUAUUUAUGUUAUAAUUGAUUCUCGCAAACCUUUAUAAUCACAAAUAGUUGUCCAGUUUAUGUUGGAAGCACUGUAUAUGAACUGAAUUUUAUUAACCACAUUAUUAUAUUCUGUCCAUUUAUUCAUAAAAAGCUGUUUGGCUUGAAAUAGAAAAUUCAACCACGACAUACCUGAAACAUCCGUCAUAUACGAGUUUUGUGAGCAAAAUAUGAAUUUAUCUGAAUAGUUCAGGAGGAAUCGGCGCAUGAAUACCGAAAAUUAUUAACACCUUAUUUUUUUAUGCUAUCCUCUUCAAAUUGCCCUACUGAUGAUAUAAUGCAUAUUGCCCAACCCCAUUUCAUAUUGUUUAAACCGAUUUCAAUUGCAAGGAAUUGUUCCUUUUCAACCAGACAAUUUCUUUUAUAUUAUUUAUUGAAAUACAAAUAAAAAAGUCCUAUGAAUUUUUGAAGGUUCGAAAAAUAUCGAAUUUGAGUACUUUUGACACAUGAAAAAUAUAUUUAGGAACAAAAAUUAAAUACAAAUAAUAUUUUUUUUUCGAAUCAUAAUUGAUAUUUUUAUACCGAUAAUCAAAAGAUAACGUUGGUUUAUACUUAUACUAUACUAUACAUCUAUGAAUGGGGUUUUGAUCAACACACAUUUGAUUUUCUUCUAUACUUAUCUUAUUGAAACAAAUUAUUUCUGCAACCCCUUCGAGAUUGUUAAAAGAUCAUAUUUUUUUCAAAACCCGUAAAUGAUCGUGAAGACUCAAUGCGAGGCAGCUGACAUUUUGGAUUCUGAACUUUUUAUGGAAAACAAUUUUUUGUAUAAUAAACAUGUCGAUACUAAUAAGCAUCAAAGGCUCAAGCUAUGGAAGUAAAAGAGUUAGCUGCUUUUUAGUACUGUUCCAAUUGAUAUAUUGAUAAGAACAACUGUCUUUGAAAAUAAAAAAAAAUGUUCGUUUAUGAAUCCAUGAAUUCAUUUAUGAAAAUUGUAUAUUUUAUGACUACUACAUAUAAAAUACAAUUGAUACAAUGUGAAAAUGAUAUUCUUUGCGUCUUUGUUGCCAUAUCUUCUCUUUAUCUAUUUAAUUUCUUAAUCUUUAAUUUAUUAAUCUCUAUCUAAUUUUCUUUUCUUUGACUUCCCGAUUUUUGCAUUUCAUGAAGUGGUUAGUAUUAAUGUUUAUUUUUCGUUUCACAGCUGCUUUUAAGAAUCCAAAGAGCCACUUGGUAAUCAGAAUAAAGUACUAUUAUCUGAAAAGGGUUUACAAUUUAGUUUAGAAAUAAUUGUUUCUCGUAUUUUACAUGUUAUAAUCUGGAAACUCUUAAGUUGAGUGUUUUUUAGGCCGUUUAAUACGUUUAAUUUCAACAUAUUUAUAAACGAACAUAUUUCAAAAUUUUGUAGGUAAAAUAAAUAAUACAAUCAAUGAUGGGUUAUUUUACUUAUAAUUGUAAUUGAAAUAUGAUUGAAAUGAAAUUGUGACAAUAAUAUCAGUAGCAUCCAUUCAUUCUUUUAGAAAAAUAGGAAUUUGAUAAUACAUCAAUCAAGUUGAAUGUUUUUGAACUAAAAUCUCAUUUGUUUUUUGUUGUGCAAUACUGUUUUUAUCUUUGCUUGAUUUGGAGUAUUAUUAAAACUCUUAUUACUUUUUUAAUAAAUGUUUAUAAAACGCACCUUUCUCCCUGUAUACCAAAAUUUUUCCUUUUUGUUACUUACUCUGGUGAUGGCCAAUAAAUGUUACCUGCAAUUA